GAAAGUUGAGAAAGUUCCUCCUUUGGUACAAAAUUAACUGUAGUGUUAACUUUGACACGUCGUGGAGUUCCUCUUUAUCCAGGGAGGUUGUUAUACAAAGCUGUGGUUUCCGUUCUGUUCAAGUGCUGGUCAGAGCUGCUGCUGUAUCUGAGUGCAGUUCUGCUUGGGGAGUCUGUGCUACUGUUUCUGACACACCGGAGCACUGCUGUGCGGCUGGACAGAAUGGAGCGAGGGCUACUGGUUUCACUGGUUAUACUGGUCUGCUCUCCUAGCAGGGGGGUGUCUCAACCCAUUAUAAUUCAGGACCCGGGCUCUGUGACUGGAAUAGAGGAGGGAGAGGUCACUGUACCCUGCAGUAUGACAGGGGUUCGUCCAGGACCAGUGAGAUGGUACAGGGACACUGGCAGCGGCAGACAGUAUCUCUACUCUACAGCCCCUCCGCCCAAUGAGAGAAACGACCCCCGUGUGUCUCUUGUACAUCAAUACCACCCCACAGAUUCAUCCAUUCGAAUUGUGAGGCUGACUGUGAGUGACUCAGGAAUGUAUUACUGUGACAAAUACGGAGGGAUUGAUGUGACUCUCAUUGCUAGCGGCUCAGGGAGCAGGCUGAGUGUGGGAGCGCUGCCUCCACUCAUUAUAACUCAGGACCCAGACCCUGUGACUGGCACAGAGGAGGGUGAGGUCACUGUACCCUGCACCCUGUCCAGAGUGGGUGCUGCAGGACCAGUGAGAUGGUACAGGGACACUGGCAGCGGCAGACAGUAUCUCUACUCUACAGCCCCCCCUCCGUCCAAUGAGAGAAACGACCCCCGUGUGUCCAGAGUAUAUCCAGACCACCUCGCAGAUCUCUCCAUUCGAAUUGUGAGGCUGACUGUGAAUGACUCAGGAACGUAUUACUGUGAGAAAUACAGAGGGUCUGUUGAGACCCUCAUUGCUAGCGGCUCAGGGAGCAGGCUGAGUGUGCGAGAGAAAUUUCGUCCCCCUGUCAUUGAGGGUCCGCAGAGGAGAGUUUUAGCCGGGAAUGCCGUGGCGUUAACCUGCCGGUCAAACGGACCUCCGGGAACGAAAUUCACCUGGAAGAAAAACAACAGAACCGUCCCUGGAGAACAGAGCAACACCUCCUCACUGCAGACUGCUAAAGAAGACAUCAGAUCCACUGUUACCUGCGAGACUACAGACCCCAGAACACAGCAAACACUGUCGUCUGAACCCUACAGCCUGGGAGCAAGCAUCACUGUUAAACCCGACGUCUCCAUCGAAGCGAAUCCAGAGAGCGUGAAAGUGAACGAGUCCGUCUCCCUCACCUGCCGUGCGCGUGGCUUCUACCCAGAGAGGGUCAGUGUGUCCUGGGUCCAGCAGGGCGGCGCUGUGGAGCCUGCUGCAGAGAGGGGAGAGAAUGCGGAGAAUGAGGACGGGACCUUCAGUAGGAAUAGUGUGCUGAAUGUCACUGUCACUCAGGAGCUGAGUGGAGCCACAGUGAGCUGCAGGGUUCAGAUAGAAGGACUGGCAGAGCCUGUUCACAAGGAACACACCCUGGUAGAGACUGAUCCCAAACCUGAUCCAGAACCUCCCUGCAGCUCCAACCUGUUUCUCGUGUCGGUGUUUCUGCUGGUGAAGCUCGCUCUCCUGGCCGCCAUCAACGCCUUUCUCUUUGUGCUUCUCAAACUGGAGCAGCGCAGACUGAAGCGUGUGGAUGCAGAGUGAGGUGGGGGAGCCCUGCGCUGUGGAGAGGAUUCACAGCAGAGCUGGCUGGGGCCUCUUGUUAUAUUAGACAUCGUAAAGCUCUGCUCUAAAUGCUGAGAAUGCUGAAGCAGACAGUGGACUUGACUGGAGAGUCUGCGAGUCAAUAGAAAUGCUCUGCACUGCUUGAUCUGCCUGCUGAUAAGGGGAGGAGAGGAAAGAGAGGAGGGGAGAGAGGGAGAGGAGAGGAGAAGGGGAGGAGAGGAAAGAGAGGACGGGAGGGAGAGAGGAGAGGAGAGGGGAGAGAGAGGAGAGAAGGAGAGGAGAUGGGAGGAGAGGAAGGG